AUGCUGUACCACUUAUCGUCUGUGCUUCAGGAGGGCUUGUCUCUUUCCACGGUUCUGGUGUUCCUGGCUACCUUCCUGCUCCUUGCCAGUUACCUAAAUGGGAAGUGUCCGAAGGGGUAUCCUCCCGGGCCCAUGCCUCUCCCUCUCCUGGGCAACAUUCUGCAAUUUAAUGCCAAGAAGCCUCUUUCUGAUAUUCAGAAGCUUAGAGAAAAAUAUGGCAAUGUCUUCUGCCUGCAGCUUGGAACUAUACGGUUUGUGGUUGUGAGUGGGCUGCCACUGGUGAAGGAGGUCCUUGUCCAUCAGGGUGAAAAUUUUGUAGACCGUCCAGAAAUGCCUUUAUCAGAUGAACUCUUUGGGUCAGAUGGACUGGUCUCUUCUAACGGGCUUACCUGGAAGCAGCACAGGCGGUUUGCCUUAUCCACAUUGAGAAACUUUGGUUUGGGCAAGAGAAGCUUAGAAGAACGAAUCCAGGAGGAGAGCAGAUACCUAACGGAUGCCAUUGAGGAGGAGAAAGGGCAACCGUUUGACCCCCAGCUGCUGAUUAAGAAUGCAGUUGCAAAUAUCAUCUGCUCCAUCACUUUUGGGGACCGUUUUGAUUAUUCUGAUAGCAAAUUCCAGAAGCUUUUGCACUUGAUUGACAUAACUACGGAGCUUCAAGGAAGUUUUUGGAUCCAGGUGUAUGAAUCCUUCCCAACCCUCAUGAAAUAUGUGCCAGGACCCCAUCAGACUGUUUUUAAAAACUGGGACAACCUCAAAUCCUUUGUGAGAGAAAUAAUUGACAAGCACAAAGAAGAUUGGAACCCACACGAAACAAGAGAUUUCAUUGAUGCUUAUCUGAAUGAAAUGGCCAAGGAAGACGCUGCUCCCACUUUCCACGAGGAAGGCCUGCUGCACUGUGCACUGGAUCUGUUUUCUGCCGGAACGGAGACGACUUCUGCAACGCUCCGCUGGGCUCUGCUGUACAUGGCCCUUCACCCAGACAUCCAAGCAAAAGUCCAAGCGGAAAUCGAUUCCGUGAUUGGGCAGUCGCGACAGCCGGCGAUGGAGGACCGGGAUCGCCUGCCCUACACCAACGCGGUCGUUCACGAAGUCCAGAGGAUCAGCAACAUUCUGCCUAUAAGUGUGCCCCGGAUGGCCAUGAGGGACACGACCCUGGCCGGGUUUUUCCUGCCCAAAGGAACCAUCUUGGGCACCAACCUGACCUCCGUGCUGCUUGACAAGGAUGAGUGGGAAACCCCCGAUGUGUUCAAUCCCGGCCAUUUCCUUGAGAACGGCCAGUUCAGGAAAAGGGAAGCGUUCAUCCCGUUCUCUGCAGGGAAGCGAUCGUGUCUUGGAGAGCAGCUGGCCAGGACGGAGCUUUUCCUUUUCUUCACUGCUCUAAUGCAGAAGUUCACUUUCCAGCCUCCAGAGAAUGUGACCUUAAGCCUCGACUUCCAGUUUGGUUUUAUAUUCUCUCCUCAGCCAUACCAGAUCAAUGCAUUCCCUCGCUGAUGGAAGCCUCUUUACCUGUGGUUGGAUAUCAAACUUUUCUGCCUUUCUGUUCUUGGGUGCCAUUGUGGAAAAUUAACAAUAGCUAAUAACAUACAUUUGGCAGCUGUGACCUGCCUCUAACUGCCCAAACUUUUAAAGCAAUCUGUGGAAAUGCUCCAUGUACAGCAAGUUGCAAAGGGCUG